GGGCAGCUCCGUCGCCUUUCCAGAGGCGAUUACUGGGCAGGCUCAGUCUUUUGCCUCAGACGCUAGCUGUAGCUGGCAGGCGGUUGUACGUGCUCCGGAGCCUUCGCCACCCGCGACUGCGGUCCACUUCCUGCGGGUCCCGCUGAGCUCGCUCUUCUGGGAGCUGCUCUCCCUCCACGCGCGCCGCCGCCGCCCUCGUCCGCCAUCAUGGUGAAGCUCGCCAAGGCCGGCAAAACCCACGGGGAGUCCAAGAAAAUGGCUCCUCCCCCAAAGGAGGUGGAAGAAGAUAGUGAAGAUGAAGAAAUGUCCGAAGAUGAAGAUGACAGCAGCGGAGAAGAGGAGGUUGUCAUCCCUCAGAAAAAAGGCAAAAAGGCUACCACAACUCCAGCAAAGAAGGUGGUGGUUUCACAAACAAAAAAGGCUGCAGUUCCCACACCAGCUAAGAAAGCAGCUGUAACCCCAGGCAAAAAGGCAGCAGCCACACCAGCUAAGAAAGCUGUUACACCAGCCAAAGUAGUUCCAACACCUGGUAAAAAGGGAGCUGCACAAGCAAAAGCGUUGGUACCAACACCCGGUAAAAAGGGAGCUGUCACUCCAGCCAAGGGGGCUAAGAACGGUAAGAAUGCCAAGAAGGAAGACAGCGAUGAGGAUGAAGAUGAAGAGGAUGAAGAUGAUAGUGAUGAGGACGAAGAUGAUGAGGAAGAGGAUGAAUUUGAGCCACUGGUAGUAAAAGGAGUGAAGCCUGCAAAAGCAGCUCCUGCUGCUCCAGCCUCAGAGGAUGAGGAUGAGGAAGAUGAUGACGAUGAAGAAGAUGAUGAUGAAGAGGAAGAUGACUCUGAGGAAGAAGUUAUGGAGAUCACACCAGCCAAAGGAAAGAAAGCUCCUGCAAAAGUUGUUCCUGUGAAAGCCAAGAGUGUGGCUGAGGAUGACGACGAUGAGGAAGAGGAUGACGAUGAAGAAGAUGAUGAUGACGAUGAUGAGGAAGAGGAAGAGGAGGAGGAGGAAGAAGAGGAGGAAGAAGAGGAAGAAGAACCUGUUAAAGCAGCACCUGGAAAACGGAAGAAGGAGAUGACCAAGCAAAAAGAAGCCCCUGAAGCCAAGAAACAGAAAGUAGAGGGCUUAGAACCAACUACACCUUUCAAACUGUUCAUUGGAAACCUUAAUCCAAAUAAGUCUGUUGCUGAAUUAAAAGUUGCCAUCAGUGACAUUUUUGCUAAAAAUGAUCUUGCUGUUGGGGAAGUCAGAAUUGGUACAAAUAGGAAAUAUGGUUAUGUAGACUUUGAGUCUGCUGAAGACCCAGAAAAGGCCUUGGAGCUCACUGGUUUAAAAGUGUUUGGCAAUGAAAUUAAACUAGAAAAACCAAAAGGAAGAGAUAGUAAGAAAGUUAGAGCUGCAAGAACACUUUUAGCCAAAAACCUCUCUUUCAACAUCACUGAGGAUGAAUUAAAAGAAGUGUUUGAAGAUGCCGUGGAGAUCAGAUUAGUCAGCCAGGAUGGGAGAAGUAAAGGGAUUGCUUAUAUUGAAUUUAAGUCUGAGGCUGAUGCAGAGAAAAACUUGGAAGAAAAGCAGGGGGCAGAAAUUGAUGGACGAUCUGUUUCACUCUACUAUACUGGAGACAAAGGGCAAAGGCAAGAAAGAACUGGAAAGACUAGCACUUGGAGUGGUGAAUCAAAGACUUUGGUUUUAAGUAACCUUUCCUACAGUGCAACAAAAGAAACACUUGAGGAAGUUUUUGAGAAAGCAACUUUUAUCAAAGUGCCCCAGAACCCACAGGGCAAGCCUAAAGGGUAUGCAUUUAUAGAAUUUGCUUCGUUUGAAGAUGCUAAAGAGGCUUUAAAUUCCUGUAAUAGAAUGGAAAUUGAGGGCAGAACAAUCAGGCUGGAGUUGCAAGGAUCCAAUUCGAGAAGUCAGCCAUCCAAAACUCUGUUUGUCAAAGGUCUGUCUGAGGAUACCACUGAAGAGACCUUAAAAGAAUCAUUUGAGGGCUCUGUUUGUGCAAGAAUAGUCACUGAUCGGGAAACCGGAUCUUCUAAAGGGUUUGGUUUUGUAGACUUUAAAACUGAGGAAGAUGCCAAAGCUGCCAAGGAGGCCAUGGAAGAUGGAGAAAUCGAUGGAAACAAAGUUACCUUGGACUGGGCCAAACCUAAGGGUGAAGGUCGAGGUGGAGGCAGAGGAGGUUUCGGAGGCAGAGGUGGUGGCAGAGGAGGAAGAGGCGGAUUUGGUGGACGAGGCCGGGGAGGCUUUGGAGGCAGAGGAGGCUUCCGAGGCGGCAGAGGAGGAGGGGGAGACUUCAAGCCACAAGGAAAGAAGACGAAGUUUGAAUAGUUCCUUCCAUCCCAUUCUUUCCCUCAUUUUAAAGAAAGGACUCUGGGGUUUUUACUCUGUUACCUGUUCAAUGACAGAGCCUUCUAAGGACAUUCCAAGACAGUAAAGAUCCUAAACUCUGUUGCCAGGCUUAUACUUCCUACAGGUUACAUUUGGAUUGUUGCUUUGAGCUUGGCAAGACCAACUCUGCCCAGUGGGAAUUUGAGUUGUGUUCCUACUGCUUUCAAGAAUACCCAGCUACAAAUGUGGAAAUUGGUUGUAGGGCAGCUUCAUCAUGAUUCUGAUCUGGAAGAUUUAAUAUUUCAUUUGUACCUUAGAUGGGUGUGCACUGGAAAAGUGAUUGAUGGGGCUGUAUCAGUGCUGGAAAUGCCAUGCAAGAGCUUGUGUGGUAUAUAAUUCUAUUCCCAGCACAGUAAGAACAGUGCAAUCUGAAAUGACCUGGACAGCCAUUGGGUUGAAAAAUAAACACAGGCAGGUAUGGUGGCACAUACCUUUAACCCCAGCACUUGGGAGGGAGAGAAAAGUUAGGUCUGAGUUUUAGGCCAGCCUGGUAUACACAGUGAGUUCCAGGACAGCCAUGGCUGCUUGUUAUAGAAACAAAACCUGUCUUUGGGGGGAGGGGGAGGAGAAAAAGAAAAAAAAGCUAACACAGACAACCAAAUACAAAGUCUUGGCCACUUAGUACCAAAUCUCAGCAGCAUGGUGGGAGUGACAUAAUCUGAGUUCAAUGCCAGUUGAGUCUGUAGAACUAAGUUAAAAGACAGUGAGGGAUACAUAGAAACUUGAAAAACCCAAAAACAAGCUGUCAAAUUUUAGAGAAGCUUUGGGGAAGUUUGUAAGUGGCAGCAGGGAGGGAACAGUGGCCUUAUUGACUUUGCUUAACAGGAAGUUUGUCAUAGAGGUCCAGUAUAAUCAGGAAUACAUUGGCCCCUUGGCCUGUGUACUUAAUAUGAGUUUUUCAGUGAUCAAGGAUGUACUAUCUUUUUUUUUUUUAAGUAUAAGACAUGGGUGCCUAGAUAACCUUAAUAGAAACUAUUUACUGUAGGUGUUUUUCCAUGUCUCACUCCCAACAAGAAAGGCUAGUCAGCUAUUUGGUGUUACUCUUUUUCAAUAAAUCCAAAGACCCUCUGCAGGGUCUCGUGAA